AUGGCUGCGCCAUUCAAUAAACAAGCACAGGCCAGCACGCCGCCGGUCUCGGGAGCCACCGCAUCUGCCAGACUAGAGAGGGGUCAUCCUGGAGUGCGCCGCUCGACACCCGAUUCCGAGGCACUGGCUUCAUCCGACGAUGACGGCGAUCAUGUCCCUCUCACCCAGACCAUUACUGCGCCCGCGACUAAGCCUGUACGACGGACCUCAUGGCUGAAUGAAGUGCCUCUCGCCGUCCAGCGAAAGCACUCUCUACCUGGUGGUCCUCUCUCUUCUGCACCCUCAAAUCCCGCGAGCCCCUCGACCGAUCAAGCACCAUGGGCGUCGAGCACCAGCCCCGGCCUCAGCGGCUCCUUCAAUUGGAACCAACCUGGAGGGAGCACCUUUCCAUGGGGCACGGGCAUCUGGAACACCGAGUCUCGUAAGGAACCUCCGUCACGACUUUCCGAAAUCGUGCCUUCUCCAACCAUGACCAACCCCCCGCCAGUCAGCGGCUCCCUCGGAGAGGAAAUGCUCAGCCCGAUCACUCGCACUAUCUCUGGCGAAUCAGCCAUCCCUUUCUCGAUCCCGCUUCACCCGACUCCCAAAACAUACCGCUCCCAGUCCUAUUCCGUCGGGCAGAUGGACCCUGAGUUCCUUGGCAUGAUGGCAAACAAGGCCGGGCCGGGAGCUCAAUACCCCGGUGGUCGUUCUCGUGGUCCAGGCCAGAUGUCCUCCGUUCAGCCUCGUGCUUCACGGCCAAGUGUGCUGGGUGAAUUGGGGCAUGAUCCGGCCAUGCUUGGUCGUGUUCGAGAAGACGACGAUGGUGAUGAAAGUCCCAGUGGCUCCGACGAUCUCAACUAUUCCGCUAGCCAGGCAAGACAAAUUGAGCAGCUCGCUCGUGAAAAUGCAAUGCUACGCCAGGCUGCCGCAGGCCAGAUGGAUAAUCGAUUCCGGGAUCGUGCCUCUUCCUCCGCAUCUGUUGCCGGUGGCGUUCACUCGCUGCAUCGGAUCCGAGGCAGCGUUCCGGAGGAAGAUCUCGCAGUCGAGGAUUUGGGAGAAUUACGGGACAUCCAGGGUUACGGCAACAUGCGCGGCAACCCACGACGGCGCUUCUCGGAACAUUCCGCCAAUUUGGAGCAGCAAUUCUCUUCAUUCGCUCCUCCUUGGAAAACCACCUCUCUCGGCUUCGGAGGUGUCGCGGAUAUUCCUCAGAGCCGUCGCCAUUCAUUCGCCGAUAUUCCCAUGCGUCAUACGUCUGUCGGCUCGGUUGACUCUCAUGUAACUGUAACACCUCGCGCUGGUCUUGCAGAACGUGAUGAUGGGUAUGGAAAUAUCAACGACUAUUCUAACCCGUCGAUGCAAUCUCAAUCUUAUUACUCCCGUGAACAGACUUUGCGGGGUGAUGGAUCCUCUGGGGUUCCCACUUCACUCAAUCAAUACGCUAUGUCUGGCGCUUAUGGCCGUCAGCCUCCAGCCUUGUCUCAUGCCCAUCAGAACCAGCUGUUGUAUAUUGUGACAUUUAAAUGUCACCGCGCCGAUGUGUUCUAUAUCCAGGAAGAUACCGGUCUUCAAGUAAAAGCAGGAGAUCUCGUCAUCGUCGAGGCGGACCGAGGAACCGAUCUGGGCACUGUUCAACAUGCAAAUGUGUCACUCCAGAAAGCGCGAGAGCUCAAACAGCAAUAUGCAGAGGAACAUUACAAAUGGCUCAUGAUGUUCUCUCGUCAAGGACAACUUGAGGGCUCCAACGUCGGUGGCGGUGCGGGUAUGAAUGCUCGCAGUGCCACUGGUGGCAUGGGUCCCCAUGCGCACGGCGUACAAGAGACCACCACAGACAUCAAACCCAAACUCAUCAAGCGCCUUGCACAAAACCACGAGAUUCUCACUCUGCGCGAUAAAGAAGGCAAUGAGGCUAAAGCAAAGCGAGUCUGUCAGCAAAAAGUAGCCGAGCAUCGGCUGAAUAUGGAAAUCCUGGAUGCCGAGUUCCAAAUGGAUUGGAAGAAGCUCACCUUCUACUAUUUUGCCGAUUCCUAUAUCAACUUCAACUCCUUGGUCACGGAUCUGUUCAAGAUAUACAAGACCCGGAUCUGGAUGUCUGCAAUCAACCCUGCCUCCUUCGUGACACCCCCCGCAGCUGGUCUUCCCGGACCACCCAGCGGCAUCACGAACCCGCUUUACAAUCAAGAUGCUCCGCAUACUGAUCGCCGUCAUCAGCAUGACGGCCGAGCACCCUAUAGCGGUGCUCGGGACACGGUUGAGACUGGGCGUGAGGCAAUGGCCAAUCCAGUGGGCAUGCUUCGUUCGGCAUUUACCGACUCGUACCAACAAUUUGCACAGCCGUCCCACCAGGUUGAGGCUGCACAAGCAGAUGCUUUCGCGCCUUACUCCCCUACCAGUUUUGGCCCCCUGGAGACUGGCUUUUCUGACUAUCCUGGUGGUAGUGCCGGCUCUAACGGAGCAGCUCGGAUCCAUCCUGCCCAGAACGAGUGGGUUGGCCGCUUCCAGGGUCUUUCGCUUAAUUCCUGA